ACAAUAGCGGGAGGCGAAGGGGAGCGGGCGGCCCCCCCCCCCUUCCCCAGCAGCGGCCCCCCCCCGGCCCGCACUCUCCGAGCGGCUUCUCUAGCAUGGUGCGGGGCCGCCGCCGCCUCCUCCCGCUGCCGACAUGGGCGAGAGGCUGGAGCUCAGGCUGAAGUCGCCCGUGGGAGCCGAGCCGGCCGUUUACCCCUGGCCGCUGCCCGUCUAUGACAAACACCAUGAUGCUGCUCAUGAAAUCAUUGAGACAAUUCGGUGGGUCUGUGAAGAAAUCCCAGAUCUCAAGCUUGCCAUGGAAAAUUAUGUUUUAAUUGACUAUGAUACAAAAAGCUUUGAAAGCAUGCAGAGGCUUUGUGACAAAUACAACCGUGCCAUUGAUAGCAUUCAUCAGUUGUGGAAAGGAACCACCCAGCCCAUGAAACUGAACACUCGUCCCUCCAAUGGGCUCCUCCGUCACAUCUUGCAGCAAGUAUAUAACCACUCGGUGACUGACCCAGAGAAACUCAACAACUAUGAGCCCUUUUCCCCAGAGGUGUAUGGAGAGACUUCCUUUGAUUUAGUGGCCCAAAUGAUUGAUGAGAUUAAAAUGACUGAGGAUGACUUGUUUGUUGACUUGGGCAGUGGUGUGGGUCAGGUGGUGCUUCAAGUUGCUGCUGCCACAAACUGCAAACAUCACUAUGGUGUGGAGAAAGCUGAUAUUCCGGCCAAAUAUGCUGAGACGAUGGACAGAGAGUUCAGAAAGUGGAUGAAAUGGUAUGGGAAAAAACAUGCAGAAUACACACUGGAAAGAGGUGACUUCCUCUCAGAAGAAUGGAAAGAAAGAAUUGCAAACACAAGUGUUAUUUUUGUGAAUAAUUUUGCCUUUGGUCCUGAGGUGGAUCACCAACUGAAGGAGCGAUUUGCAAACAUGAAGGAAGGUGGCAGAAUCGUGUCCUCAAAGCCUUUUGCACCUCUAAACUUUAGAAUAAACAGUCGAAACUUGAGUGAUAUUGGCACUAUAAUGAGAGUUGUGGAGUUAUCCCCACUGAAAGGGUCGGUUUCAUGGACCGGGAAACCAGUUUCUUACUACCUGCAUACUAUUGAUCGCACCAUACUUGAAAACUAUUUUUCUAGUCUCAAAAAUCCAAAACUCAGGGAGGAACAAGAGGCAGCUAGACGUCGUCAGCAAAGAGAAAACAAGAGCAACACAACUACUCCAACGAAGGUGCGAGAAAACAAGGAUUCUGGUGCUGAAGAAGAAAAAGUUGGGACAAAUGCAGUUAAAAAGACAUCCCCCUCCAAAGCACGCAAGAAAAAGCUGAGUAAGAAAGGAAGGAAAAUGGCCGGGCGGAAGCGAGGGCGUCCCAAGAAAAUGAACACUGCAAAUACAGAGCGCAAGACCAAGAAGAACCAAACUGCACUAGAGCUUCUGCAUGCUCAAACUGUGUCACAGACACCCUCAUCCUCUCCUCAGGAUGCAUACAAGUCACCUCAUAGUCCAUAUUACCAACUACCUCCUAAAGUGCAACGGCAUUCAUCUAACCAACUGUUGGUGACUCCUACCCCACCUGCACUACAGAAGCUGCUAGACUCUUUUAAGAUCCAAUACAUGCAGUUCAUGGCGUACAUGAAAACUCCUCAGUACAAAGCAAACCUGCAACAGUUACUGGAGCAGGAAAAGGAAAAGAAUGCUCAGUUGCUGGGGACAGCACAACAGUUAUUCACCCACUGCCAGGCACAGAAAGAGGAAAUUAAACGUCUCUUUCAACAGAAACUCGAUGAGUUGGGAGUUAAAGCUCUGACAUAUAAUGACCUGAUUCAGGCUCAGAAGGAGAUCUCCGCUCACAACCAGCAGCUGAAGGAACAGACAAAGCAGCUGGAGAAAGAUAACAGCGAACUCAGGAACCAGAGCUUGCAGCUGCUUAAAGCACGAUGCGAAGAACUGAAGUUGGAUUGGUCAACGCUGUCGUUGGAGAGCUUACUGAAGGAAAAGCAGGCACUGAAGAAUCAGAUUUCUGAGAAACAAAAGCACUGUUUGGAAUUGCAGAUCAGCAUUGUGGAGCUUGAGAAAAGUCAAAGGCAGCAGGAGCUCAUGCAGCUGAAAUCGUAUAUGCCUCCUGAUGAGUCUCUGUCGGUUCAACUACGCAAUAAAAACCGUUUAAGCCGUGAGCCCGAGGCUGAUCACGGCAGAUUCCAACUUGAGCUUGAGUGCUCUAAAUUUCCUAUGCCCCACAUCAAUGGCAUGAGCCCUGAACUGUCCAUGAAUGGCCAUGCUACUCCCUAUGAAAUCCAUAAUGCUCUUAGCAGGCCCUCUUCCAAGCAGAACACCCCUCAAUACAUGACCUCUCACCUGGACCAAGAAAUAAUUCCUUGCACCCCAAACCACAGCAACAGACAGAAGGUGGACAAGACAGCAAGCUUGUCCUUACCUGAUUACACCAGGUUUUCCCCAGCUAAGAUAGCCCUAAGGAGACACUUGAAUCAGGACCAUGCAGUCAAUGGAAAAGCAACAACUAAUGAGAUACACCAGAGAGCUGACCAUGUAAAAGAGAACGGCCUUACAUAUCCAAGCCCUGGCAUUUCAAAUGGCAUAAAGCUGAGUCCUCAGGAAACUCGGCCCUCUUCCCCAGCGGCCUUACCGAUUGCAGGCGAGAAGGUUUUGCGAGAGAGGACUUCUGCGAGUAAUGGAGAAACUAUCACCAGCCUACCUAUCAGUAUUCCUCUCAGCACGGUGCAGCCCAAUAAACUCCCUGUUAGUAUCCCUCUGGCCAGCGUAGUCCUACCUAGCCGUGUUGAGAAGGUGAGAAGCACACCUAGUCCAGUUCAUCAGAAUCGAGACUCGUCGUCAACACUUGAAAAACAGUAUGGUGCUAGUUCUCAUAAUGGCAUAAGCAAUGCUGCUGGAAAUAAGCCACUGACUUUGGCUACCUCAGGUUUUUCAUAUUCUUCUGGCUCCAUGGCAGUUAAUGGAACUCUUUCAAACAGCCCCGCCCACCUUAACCAUAGUGUUGAUCAAGCAGCUGCGGACGACUCUGGGAGUUUGUUUAACUCGGUAGGGUCUCGAAGCUCCACUCCACAAUACCCUUCUUUGCUAAUGAUGCAGUCACGGAACUCUGGGCAGAACUCCCCGGCUCACCAGCACUCAGCAAGCCCCAAGUUAAAUGGUGCCUCCCAGAGCAUGGUAGGGGUACUGCAGUACGUGGAUGCUCAGAAGAUGUUUGCCGAAGGAACAAAGGGGGAACUUCAGCCUGAUGCCGCCUUUUCCGAUCCUGAGAAUGAGGCCAAGAGAAGAAUCAUCUUCACAAUCUCUCCUGGUACAGGAAGUAUAAAACAGUCUCCGUCUAACAAGCACAGUCCCCUGACAGCAAGCAUUCGGAUGGACUGUGGCCAAGCAUACAUGCAGGAUGGGAAGAAACGAGGGCGGAGGAAGAGAUCCUCCACAGGGAAUCUAAACAUGAACUCCGGGGUGUCCCCUAAACGCAAAUCCUUACCAACUGUGGCUGGACUCUUCACUCAGCCUUCAGGCUCACCACUUAAUAUAAACUCAAUGGUCAAUAACAUUAAUCAGCCUUUAGAAAUAACAGCCAUUUCUUCCCCUGAAAACUCCCUGAAGAACUCUCCUGUUCCCUACCAGGACAAUGACCAGCCUCCAGUGCUGAAGAAAGAGAAGCCCCUGAUUCAGACCAACGGUGUUCAUUACUCGCCACUGACUUCGGAUGAAGAACAGGGAUCGGAAGAUGAGCACAAUAGCACCAGAAUUGAGAGGAAAAUUGCAACGAUAUCAUUGGAAAGCAAAUCUCCACAGAAGACUAUUGAAAAUGGUGGCAGUUUAGCUGGGAGGAGACAAGCACAAACCAGUGAGAACAUGAAUAGCAGUAAAUGGAAGUCUACCUUUUCACCAAUUUCUGACAUCAACCUGACCAAAACUACCGAUAGCCCAUUGCAGGCUGUUUCAUCUCUGAGCCAGAAUUCCCUGUUUGCCUUUAGGCCGUCCUCUGAGGAUGGCAUGGCCAUCGAUGCCAAAAUUGCAGCACACACACGGAAAAACAUCACCAUGUCCUCCUCUGGGACGGACGGACUCAGCCCCAAUACAAACUCCACUAAUGGAUCCAUGUAUAACGGUGGACUGACCACAGACAUCGGUUUACACAGCUUUAUUGAUGGUGCUUCUCUUCCUCAUAAGACUUCAGAUGUGACGACCCUCAACUCCUCUUUGGGUUUUCAGUCACAGAGGAGCAAAGAUGUGGGGAUUUUGGAGACAAACCCCUUUUUGAACAAGAGGCAGCUUGAAGGCCUAGGCAGCAUGAAAGGAGAAGACUUAAACCGGUCAGGGGUCAAAAGUAAAGAGAUCAGUGAAUUAACCAUUCGUCCAGGGGCGGCUUCUGAAAAAAGUUCCUUGCAGCACAAUGGCAAGGUCGGCAAAGGACGGGACCGAGAUGUGGAGUUUAAAAACGGCCACAACCUUUUCAUUUCUGCUGCUGCUGUAUCUUCUGGUGGCCUUCUCAAUGGCAAAAGCCUUUCCACUGGUGUCUCAUCUGCAGGCAACCCAGCACCUUCUGUUCAGACGCACCAUCCUUUCUUAAACACAUUGACCACUGGAUCGCAGUUCCCCCUGGGCCCCAUGGCUUUGCAGGCAAACCUCAACUCGGUCACAAACGCCUCAGUAUUGCAGUCCUUAUUUAAUUCCAUGCCAGCUGCUGCCAGUCUGGUCCACGUGUCAUCAGCUGCAACCAGACUGACUAACUCUCAUGCUAUGGGGAACUUCUCUUCUGGGGUUACAGGUGGAACAGUUGGAGGUAAUUAGGAUUUCUACCUCAACCCAAUGUGACCUAUGCAAGGACAACGUGGACCAACUUCACUCAGCUUCCACUGAAAGGUGCUCGCCUGGCCUGGCAGGGGUUUCUACUCUUACUACUGGACAAAGUAAACAAACAAACAAAAGACCUAAAUAACAGAGAAAAGAAUAUUCUACUGUGAAUCGGAGUUGAAAAAAAAACUGCAAAGGAAAAUGCUUAAAAAAAAAAAAAGCUCCAGUUUGUAUUGUCGAUAGUUUAGAUAAAGUAUUUAUCUUUUUUUAAAAAUGAAAAUAAUUUUGGCUUAUUUUAUUCCAUCUAAAGUCAUAAAAAACUGCAACUCCUUGAAACCAUUCUCUGAAUAAUAAAGGACUGGCACACCAGCAGAGAUGUAAAGAGCCUCCUCUCGGUGCUAUUUCAUCCGUCAGAACUGUGCCUCUCUAGUUCAAAUCCUUGGUGCUGAAUUUGAGGGUUGACCAAUGCCAAACCCAGUUCUCAGACAGGUCUGCUUUUAUUUAUUCAACUCACUCUGUUCAUAUACCAAAGUCCAUUGGUUUACAGCAAAGCAGGAGCUACAGAGAAUGGCAGUCUUUAGUUUUGGGUGGUUUUCUUUUUCUUUUUAACAGAGCUCAUGGCUCAGUUAUCAGGCGUUUAAUAUUGUUUAUUACAAACCAGAAUGCAAUACUCCCCUCUGGAAUGGCAGCUAGAUUACCUGAUCUGACCUGUGCAAACUCAGCUGGUUCAGACACUUUGAACAGAAGAAGCAUAACUUAAGUCUAGUCCUGUUAGACUACUUCACUGGGCCCAUUAAAACCUCUGGUGGUGCUCCAGUCACUGUGAAUUUCAGUAGCUAGACUGUUAACUUGUUUUGGGGGGUCAUUUGGCAUAUGAACAGGGUGCAUAAUCACUGGUGUUGGUCAGGCCCUUUUUAACAAUAUUGGGAAGAUUGAAAACCGAGCUUCUAUGCUGGGGCAGAUAGCAGCAGAUUUUCUCCGCUUGUUGUUUUUGUUGAAGUACAAUGUAUUUUGUUAGUAAGGUUUUGAUACUUGAUUCCGAAAUGGCUCAGCCGUGUACAUUUUAUUGACUUCUAAGUGCAUUCGCUUUUGUAUUUCUUUGCUUUUAAUAGGUUUAAAUGGUAGUUCACAAAAACACCACAAUCUAGCUUAACUUGCUGCCACACUAUCAAACUGGUGCAUUUUGAAUUGUAUUGUGACUUGGUGUUCUGUGUACAGAAAAGUGUCGCUCCGAGCAGUGACCGUAUUUUAUAGACGUGAUGAAAAUUUAUAAAUUUCAUAAACUUUA